GCACCGGGCCCAGCACGACCGCCGCGGCCGUCAACCUGCCGCCCAUCGCCGCGAGCGACGGCGCCGCGUCCGGCCCGCCCAGGAAGGCCAGCGCGUCCGGCCCGCCGCCCUCGCACUCGGCCUCGCCCUCGCCGGCGCCCUCGCUGUCCUUCCAAAACAUGCGGCCCGAGACCGAGUGGAACGACCUGCCGGAGCACAUGGUGGCGCAGCCGGGGAAGAGCAACGGCGGCGGCGGCGGAGGAGGAGGAGGAGGGCUGCAGCCUCCGCGGAGCGGCAGCGCCUCGGGAGCGAGCUCGCGGAGCAGCUCUGCCGUGCGCAAGAAGAAGGACCGUGCCUACCCCGCCGCGGCGUUUGGCCAGUGA